CUGCAUCCAGAGUUGGCGUUUAUAAAUGACGGAUCCAGUAAAAACUCGUCCCACUUGCUUCCUUCCUUCAUCCUCGCUGUCUGCUUUAGUUGUCAGUCACGACUUUGAAUUGUUUUUGUAGUUUUCUGUGUACUGGAAAUAUUUCUUCAUAUUUAGACGAGAAUCACGUAUUUUAUUCGCUGACAGAAAUGAGGAUGUCGGUGACUCUGGCGGGACUGUUUGUCGUCUUCCUGACCGCAGUGAAAGCAAACUCCAACAAUCCGGUCUACAAAGCCGUGGAUGACAAGGUUGUCCUCAAACCAGACUCUGUGGUUAAACCCAUCACCAGCAUAGUGUGGAAACACGGUCCUGACAUCGCCAUGCAGUGGAAUGGAAAUGAGACGCACACUUACCGCCAUUUUAAAGUUCGCGGUUCGCUGAAUAGUACAACUGGAGCGCUGAUGAUCACGGGACUGACUCGAAACGACAGCGGCAACUACACAGUAGAGAUCAACAACCAAGUCAAGAGCACGAUUCAACUGCUGGUCAUCUCUCAUGUCUCUAAACCCACCGUCUCCACGUGGUGCGACCCUGAGAUGACCUACUGUGUUCUCACCUGUAGCGGCAACACCACAGACGCUGAACCAAUCACCUUUAAGUGGGAAGCAGGGGACAUGCGCUGGUCUUCAUCCAAUGUGCACAUUAUAAAUAAGGAUGACCAGGUGGAGCCAUGGUACGCCUGUUUGUUGGAUAACCCGGUCAGCUUCAAAGCAAGCGAUCCAGCCGUCAACCCCUUCCACCGUAAGAACCGGACGUUCAUGUUAACCUGUCUCAUAUUAGUAGAGAUUGUGGUAGUGUGUAUCCUCAUACUACUCAUAUACAAAUGCAAAUAAGAUAACUGAUGUCCAGAAACACUCAGCCAGGAGCCAAGACAGGAGGAACAGCCAGCAGAUGAUCCACAAGACGAGAAGCAAAGCUGAAGUACUUUUAGCUCCAUCAUGAUUUUAACCAAUUCUGUGUCUCGUCACACAGACUUAAGAGGCUUCUUUUUUGACAAAUUCAGUGUUUUCUUGUCCCUGAUGUUUGGCCAUUGUUCUAUUAGACAUUUUACCUUACAUGUACAGUUCUUAACAGAGGUGAACCAAAUACUGGCCCAUCAUGCUUUGGCACCCUCUAGUGAGGGUAGUUGGGAACCACUGUGCUGAAGGACCUGUUAAGUCUCAUGCAGUAUGUUCUUUAAGGAACAAAUCAUUAACCUGACUGUUUGGUCUGCAGAAGUUGGGAGGGAGUUUUUGUAGUUCUUUUUAAACUAAACUUUUUUAUACUGUUUCUUAUUUAUUAAAUGUUCUUGAAAAAUCUGUUAUAA